GGUCUUCUACGAUAUUUUUUUUUUUUUGGGUCAGUCUGAAGUCUACAAUUUUGCUGCGGAAGACUUGGUAAACGAAAGCGGAGAGAGAUGCCCAGAAGGUUGGUUUCUGCCGCAGCUCUUUUGUGGGGUUUGCUUCUCUUGGCGACAUUAGUUGUCAUUCUGAAUCGAUUUAGCAAUGAUAAAGUCCUAUCAGAGCCAAACACCCUCAAAAGCAAAAGUGAGAUUGUUGAGGAAAGUGAUGAUCUGGAACAAGUCACCCACCAAGUUUUCUUCGAUAUCGAAAUCGAUGGAAAACCCAUUGGUCGCAUAGUCAUGGGUCUUUUUGGAAAAACAGUUCCAAAAACCAUAGAGAACUUUCGAGCACUAUGCACUGGGGAGAAGGGAAUUGGAAAGAGUAUGAAACCUCUGCACUACAAAGGGAGUAUAUUUCAUAGAAUUAUUCCCAGCUUUAUGAUUCAGGGAGGGGAUUUCACUCUUGGCGAUGGAAGAGGUGGAGAAUCGAUUUAUGGGGAAAAGUUUGCAGAUGAAAACUUCAAAGUAAAGCACACUGGACCAGGUUAUUUAUCAAUGGCAAAUUCUGGCCAAGACACCAAUGGAUCACAGUUCUUCAUCACGACUGUCAAAACUAGCUGGUUGGAUGGUCACCAUGUUGUAUUUGGCAAGGUGCUUUCUGGAAUGGACGUUGUGUACAAGGUUGAACGAGUAGGAGGAUCGGAUGGGAUACCUAAGGGUGAGGUUGUUAUCAAAGACAGCGGUGCACUUCCAAUGUGACCAGCCUACCCUACUCUUUCAUAAAAAUGAUAAAAUGGCAAUAUCAGUGAACUUCCGAUGCGACUGGUCUAAUACAAAUGAUAAGCAACUAUUGCCUAUUUGAGAUAUUGUUGUUCAUACUGUGUGCUUAUAUUGAACGUUAGCGGCUUAAUAUUUAGAAAGAAAUUUGGUUUAAUUGUACA